AUGAUUCAUGCUAUUGUAGUCAAAUUUCCAAGAGAUGUUUUGGACGAGCAGUCAAAGACAUUUUUUCUCCAUUUGGUAGCUUGCUUGGCAAAUGAUAAUGAUGAUAUUGUUUGUUCUAUGAGUGGGGCUACUAUAAAGAAGCUCAUUGGUUCUGUUAGUUCCAGUGCACUUAAACCUAUUCUUAAAUAUGCUCUUUCUUGGUAUUCAGGUGACAAGCAGCAACUCUGGGCUGCUGCCACACAGGUUUUGGGGUUACUGAUUGAGGUAGUAAAGAAUGAAUUUCUUAGUCAUAUAGACUACAUUUUGCCGGUGACUCAUUGCAUCUUGCAGUCUGCCAUACAUGUAGUCACAAACCGGCAAAAGAGCUUUGAGUCCGAAUCCAACCUUCCACUUUGGAAGGAGGCGUACUAUUCUUUAGUUAUGUUAGGCAAGAUAAUUCAUCAAUUCCAUGACUUAUGCUUUACAAAGGAACUAGAGGGUAUAUGGGAAGCAAUAUGUGAGAUGUUGUUGCACCCACACUCUUGGUUACGCAACAAAUCGGGUCGUCUCAUAGCUCUAUACUUUGCACGUGUAACAGAUAACAACAGAGAAAAUCAUCAAAGCUCCUUAAAUAGUCAUUUUAUGAUGAGUCCUAGUAGAUUAUAUUUAAUAGCCACUUCUCUUUGCUGCCAAUUGAAAAUGCCACUCAUAGAUGAGGUUGACAGCAUCCUGAUGACCCAGAAUAUUGUCUUUGCUUUUUUUGCUUUAAUGAGGCAAACUGCCAGCAUAGAUCCAUCUGCAUUCUGGUCUACUCUUGAGCAAAAUAAGAAGAAUCGGUUUCUCAAAGCUUUUGACUUGAUUAAUGCAAGAAAAGGAAGAAUGAUGUUCAUGUCUUCAUCACUUACCUCCUCCGUAUGUGAAGGAGGUAGUCAAGUUAAUGUUAAGAACACCCAACAGAUACUUGUAUCGUUAUUGCUCAAGAAGAUGGGCAAAAUUGCUCUUCAAACAGAUGCUAUUCAGAUGGAAAUAGUCUUCAAUAGUUUUGGUAAACUUAUGGCACAGAUAGAGAUGAGCAUGGACUAUGCACACAUAGUCCUGAUACCUCUGUAUAAAGUUUCUGAAGGAUUUGCUGGAAAAGUGGUAGCUGGUAAUCUGAAAAAGUUGGCAGAAGACACCUGUGGGAAAAUAGAGAAUAUUAUUGGUACUCAAAACUUUGUCCAAGUUUAUAACCUUAUCAGGAAGAACCUGAGUUUGAAAAGAAAUAAGAGGAAGCCUAAAACGGGAACUCUUCCUCAAUCACCUUACGCUACUGAUCCAGCAUGGUCAGACUCCCUUUGGAAAAUUCUGCAGGUUACAUGGGAUGAUCCUGAUUUAGUUACAAAUACGAAGAGGCUGAACCCCCCUAGCAAUUUUCUAAAAGUCCGUUAA